AGAAGUAGAGUCGACUCGACUGCGGUGUUGUUGACAUUACCAGAAAGACCAGAAGUUUUAACAGUUAACAUGGAAAUACAGUCUUCAGCUUCGAAUACGUGUUUUCAGCCGGCCAGUUGAAGACACUGGGCUGUCAGACGACCGUGCGCAUCGCUGGAUUUUGUGGAAGUGCUUUGUUCAGCAUGACUCGUGAUAUCGUUCUUGGAGACGAACUGCCUGACUGGGUGGGAGCGAAAGAGUUUUAUCAGAAGUAUGAUCCAAAAGAGGUGAUCGGCAGAGGAGUGAGCAGUGUCGUGCGCAGGUGUGUACAUAAACAUACAGGACAAGAGUUUGCAGUGAAGAUCAUUGAAAUCACAGCAGAGAAAAUGACAGAACAGCAGCUUGAGGAGGUGAAGAGCUCCACGCUCAAGGAGAUCCAUGUGCUUAAUUUGGUGAAGGGUCACCCGUCCAUCAUCACACUUAUUGAUUCUUAUGAGUCAACGGCCUUCAUAUUUUUGGUAUUUGACCUCAUGAGAAGAGGAGAGCUGUUUGAUUACCUGACAGAAAAAGUCACUCUGAGUGAAAAGGAAACCAGGAGUAUGAUGCGUGCUCUUCUGGAGGCUGUCCAGUAUCUACAUGCUCUAAAUAUUGUACACCGUGACCUCAAACCUGAAAAUAUUCUGCUAGACGACCAGGGACACCUCAAACUUUCGGACUUUGGCUUCUCGGUCCAGCUGGGGCCUGAUGAAAAGCUAAGAGAGCUGUGUGGAACUCCAGGAUAUUUGGCACCAGAGAUUCUGAAGUGCUCCAUGGAUGAGACACAUGAGGGAUACGGGAAAGAGGUUGAUCUGUGGGCUUGUGGUGUGAUCCUGUUCACUCUUCUUGCCGGAUCUCCACCGUUCUGGCAUCGUAAACAGCUGCUGAUGCUGAGAAUGAUCAUGGAGGGCCGGUAUCAGUUCAGUUCUCCAGAGUGGGAUGACCGGUCUGACACUGUCAAAGACUUGAUCUCAAGGCUUUUGGUAGUGGAACCUACACUUCGUCUCACGGCAGAGCAAGCUUUAGCUCAUCCUUUCUUCUGUCAGUACCAAAAGGAGGAUGUGCGGCUCUUUAGUCCCAGGAAGACAUUUAAGGCUCUGAUCUUGACUGUGCUGGCUUGUAUACGGAUGCAGUGCCACUACUACCGAGCCAGACCAUUAACAAAAGAGCUCCUAUCAAGAGACCCUUACUCCAUCCGCGGAGUGCGCAAGCUGAUCGACGGCUGUGCUUUCCGCAUUUAUGGACACUGGGUGAAGAAAGGAGAACAGCAGAACCGAGCCGCCCUCUUCCAGAACACAGCUAAAAUCAUUCUCCUGGGCCUUGAAGACCUUGAAAACUGAAGGUCACAUUUUUUGCUCUCUAAAGAUAUCACUUAUCUCUCCAUUUACAGUUUUUGUCUCAUUUUUCAUUUCCUGUUUUUGUUAGUUUUUGUCCAAAAGGCGCACAAACACAAUUAUCUAUAGAUGGUGGUGCUUUUUGAUUUUUAACAACAGCAUUUGACCUCAUUUUAUUCACUAUAGUUUUAGUUUUAUCAGCAGAUAUUGCUUAUUAUAUGGACCAGCUUAUUAUGAAGAGAGCAAAUUUACUAAGAUUUACUAAGCUUGUUUGCUAUUCAAGCUCUUUAAUUAUUUUUG